AUGGAAUCAGGUAAUUAUUAUAAAUUAUAAUUUGAAUAAAUGGGUAAUAGUUGUUGCAAUCAUCAUGAAAUAAAUCAAUUAUAGUUAUUGAAUCAUAUUCAGAUAUUGGCUCUAAUGAUAAAGUCUAUUGAAAAUUUGGAUUCCAAUUAAGAUGAUGACGAAUUAAUUUUGCCAAUGCAAAAAUAUACAACUUUGAGUGCAGUUUGUAAAAUAGAACUUUAUUACACAUUAGACAAAGAUGAAGAAGAUUAUACAAUUGCAAACAGCAAAGAAAUCAGCAAAAAUAAGCCAUAAUAAUUUAUCUUAUGA